AUGGGAGCGCCAUCAUUGGUCGGCCUGCUGGUUGUUAUGGUCGUGGUCAUCGUUCUCCAUGCUGGCGAAGUGGAAUGUGGUGGAAAGGGCGUUAAGUGUGGUAAAGGGGUCAAAGGUGGCGGUUGCAAGGGGGGCGGCAGCAAAAGAAGGUGGCGGGACCCGAUAAGGCGCCGUCCAAAAUGGGAAUCAUCGGGAGGUGCGGCAGGCGCCGGCGUCCCGUUGGAAACGGGCGAUGCCAGGAACGACGACGAGAGGUCGGACAAGGUCGAGCAGCGGGCCGAGUCCCGAAGCGACGAGAGGGCGCCCCUGGUCUGCUUCGUGCGCGGCGAGCAGUUCCACCGGCCUGGAAUGAAGCCGUUCGACUUGAAAUCCCUGCCGCUUGAAAAGUGCACUCACAUUGUCUACUCUUUCCUGGAGACGGACAACAAGACCGGAGAGCUCAUGUUCCGUAAGAGAGGCGGCAAAGACGAAAAGGAUAUCUUGAAAGAGCUGAGCAAACUAAAGGAACAUUCAAAAGGGAAGCACUUGAAGAUACUUUUCAGCUACGGCGCCGGCGCGCACACGCAAAGCCUGAUGAAACAGAUACGCGACGAAGGGAAGCUCCAGAGCAUGGUGAAUCACAUCGCGUGGUGGCUGGAGAAGCUAAGCCUCGAUGGCGUAAACUUCCAUCUCGAGGGACCGGGUCCCCCCGUCUGCAAGAGAAAGGAGAUUAUCAUCAUACUGAAAUUCAUCAAGACAUUACGGCGCAAGGUUCAGAACAGAAAACUCAUCGCGGCCCAGCUUCCCGCCUGCCGCCCGAACCGCAAGUGCUUCUUAUUUAUGAGCGAGAAAAUGUCCAGGUACCUCGACUACCUGUUCCUAAUGACGUUCGACUACAGGCUGGAUGAUUUGUCCACGACGAAGAUAACCAGCGGAUUAUAUUUCUACACAGAUCACAAUGGGCCUACCACAAUUGAAUCCGAAACCUGCAUUGGAAAAUGGGUCGAUUCCGGCGUGCGCAAGUACAAGAUCAUACCGGGGCUCGCCGUACACGGCCGCAGCUUCACGCUAGAUAACCCGACCUAUAAUGGCGUCAGUGCCAAAUUGAAGAAGAACCACCCGCUCGGAAACGCCGCAAGCUUCACUAAGACGGACGGCUACAUGAACUACGUCGAGACGUGUCAGCGUGCCAACCAGAUGCACUGGAAACGACAAUGGGCGUCGUACGCGGCCACUGCGUACAUCUACUCUAGCGACCAGUGGGUUAGCUACGACGACAAGGGCAGCGCCGAGGUUAAGGUCAAAUGGUUCCGGGAUCACUCUCUGGGCGGCGUAUUCGUGUGGUCGCUGGAGGACGACGACUACGCGGGAAUCUGCAAGAAGGGUGAGCGGUAUCCGAUGGUGGAAGUCUGCUGGAACAUUAUGAAGGAUUACCGGCCCCUUCAGAUUACGGUAUGACAAUGAUGAGAAGACUCCCAUGAAAUGGCUACGUCAUAAAAGGUUCAAAAAAGAAGAAAUAAAUCAAGCCCGCACUGAUGGAGACUACAUGUGUCUGAAUGACACAUUUUGUUGUACA